CGACGUUCGGUUACUUCAGUCUUGCACAAGCCAUUGCGCGUGUUAGUGAUGUUUUACUAAAAAAUUCAUAUUCAACUGGUUUCCGUGUAUUUAGACUGAUUCGCGUUGUAUAAAAAUGUUUUCGUUUUUAUUGAUUAUUGAAAUUUAUGAUUUUUCAAAAGUUAUGCAGUUUUUUCAUAAAAAAAUAUCAUCAGAUACCUAAGUACCUACAUACUAAAGUUUUACAGUAAAAUAAAUCCUGUUUAUAUGUUACUCGUUACUCGUCGUGUUUCUGGAGUUCGUACCUAUCAAGAAGUGAUCAUACUCGUAAUUAGGCGAAGCUAUGACAUUCACUCUAUACCCUCCGACUCCUUGUACCGAUAACGGCACUGAGUGUAAUGGAACAGUUGAUGUCCAUUGUGGAUUAUUUGAUGACCCUAAAUUUCCUCGCCAAUGCCAGUGUUAUGAAGUAGACAAAGUGUACUAUAAUGGAAGCUGCAUAACGCGCUCAACUGCACUUCCCGAAACAACUACUGCUGAAGUUAAAAAUCAAUAUAUAUCCUCUCCCGAUGAUAUUCCAUAUCGAUCCAUUAUGUUCGCUGUCGUGGGUGGAGCGAUAAUUUUGGUUUUGGUGAUAGUUAUAAUUUGGAAAUUAUACAGAUCAUACAAAAAACAUCGAGAAGAAGAAUUCUUAGAAGAAACAUGGGCAAAACUCGAAGCAGGAAGAAUUGACUAUGAUGCACGUGUAUUUGAGAAUAAUCCUUCUUACGAUCCUGGAAAAAACGCUCAAAGUGUAGGCCUUCUACCAGAAGUUACUGAUCAUACGAAAGAUAACAGUGGUGAUAGUGAACUCAAAGAUUUUAUAGAUUCGUGUCUGAAACAAAUCCCAUUACUAGAGAAAAAAAAACUCACAGAACGUAGACUAAUAGGGAGAGGGAAUUUUGGCGACGUGUACAGAGCGAAAUUGACGAUUACAAAUGGAGAUGAACAUUCAUAUGAAACGGUCGCCGUGAAGACUUUGAGAAGGGGAGCUACUGAGAAAGCUAAACGUGACAUUUGGAAAGAAGCGUAUAUUGUGAGUCAAUUUACCCACCCAAACAUUCUGAAAUUGCGAUAUAUUUGCCUCGGAGAAAAUGACGAACUCCCUGAAAUGGUUUUCGAGCACAUGAAUCUAGGAGAUUUACAUGGGCUUCUGCGAAGCAGUUCUGGUAAAUGUCGGCCAAUACCAGGCUUGCCUAUUUUAUCGCAGGAUGAUUUGUUACGAAUCGCGUCUCAAAUUGCUCAAGGUAUGGAAUAUUUAGCGAGUCAAAAAUAUGUACAUGGAGAUUUGGCGACUCGAAACUGUUUGGUGGGUGUUCCUCCAGCUAGUUCCACUUAUGUGGUGAAAAUAUGCGACUUUGGUCUUAGUAAAGACGUUUAUCUCAAUAAUUGUUACCGGAUAACUGAAGACGGAUAUAUGCCUAUUCCAUGGAUGCCCCCUGAAAGCAUCAAGAGUUUAACUUUUACGUUACAAUCUGAUGUAUGGGCAUUUGGCGUGACAUUGUGGGAAAUUGUCACGUUUGGAGAGCAGCCUUAUUUCAAGUACUCCACAGAACGAAUCAAACAAUUGAUCCAGUUAAGAACCCUCUUAAAAAUUCCAAAAAAAUGUCCUACAAAAGUGGUAGCUAUAAUGAUGGGCUGUUGGAAAGAAGAUCCGGAAAAAAGACUCGACUUUUCAGCAAUUUGCGCACGUUUUUCAGAACUGCUGGAAAAUGAUAGGCCUAUUCCUAAAAGAGUUCCAGAAAAUAGUAACUACGCCGCGCCAUAGGCAUGGCGACGAUCCUAACUACCUACUUAUAGGCAUGAAAUUUAAAAACAACAUGAAAAAUCACAAUUUCUUAUACGACAUACAAAUAUAGGCCAGAUAUUCCCAGACUUUAAUCAACAUUACAAAUUUCAUUACGUCAUAAUUUCCCAAUAUCACACUACCUUUUUCAAUUGAACAAAAUAAAAAUUGGAAAUACCUAUGGUCAACUAUUUAAAUACAUAGUUGACCGUAGGUAUUUCGAAUUUUUAUCUUGUUUAAUUGAAGAAGGUAGUGUGAUAUUAGAAAAUAAUGACGUAAUGAAAUUUGUAAUGUUGAUUAAAGUCCGAGGAUGUCUGGCAUAUGUACAACAAAUUGUGAUUUUUCAUUAGUUUUUAAAUUUCAUACCUAUGUAAGUAUUACCUAGGUAGGUAGUUAUUUUAAAUUUAGUUUUAAGUAAUAGUACAGUUUUUUUUUUUUUUUUUACUUUUUUACUAAGGUUAAAUUAGAUGGAUAUUGUUUUGUUGUUUGGUAUACCUAGGUAGAAUUCAUAUUGGAGAACUUUUUGUAUACAUUAUUAUGGAAAGUGUACUUAGUCAGAUAGAGUGUGCAAAGUAUUUCUUCUCAGGUAUCUAUUUAAAAAAUUUUUAAUUGGGGAGUUUUUCAAUAAUAGCGUCAAAAAAAGUAUUUUGAAAGGGAAAAUAUCAGAUUAAAUUUUCAUAUUUAUGCCUGUUAUGAACUAAUCCGACAGUAAUUAUUGACAAAUAUUAAAAUUGAUUACUUCGAUGAAAAAAAGAAACAAUACCUACAAAGAACAAUAACGUAACCAUCAUGACCUAACUGAAAUACGUUCCUAUUGGCUGGUUGAUUGGUCCUCUGUAAAAUAAAAUACAGACGAUCGAUCACCUAGCCAGUGGGCCAGUAGUGAGUUAGAGAGACGUUUAUUGAAGCUUUAUCUGUCUUUAAAAAAGCUAUAAAUUAGUGUAAAGUAAUUAUAGUUUAAUAUUAUCAUUUUGUGUUCAAUUGCAUUCUAUUAUUUUUGAAUAUUAUAUCAAUCGUUUUUGAAUUUUACCAAAUCUUGUUUAUUAUCUUCGGAACUCUCGAAACACAUAAAUUUCUAUUUUCAAAGGACCUCUCAGCCCACUACAAUGCCCAUUAGUCAUUACCUCAUUAGUAGUCACUAGUCAGGGAGUUUCAUCUAAGAUGUAUUUACAAAUAAUUAAAAAGUUUAUUUUUCUUA